UGGCCCCUCAGGCAUUUCAGUCUCUGUGCAGCUCCUGUCCCCUGUAAGUACUUCUGGCCCUCUGAGUGGCUGCAUCCUACUUCACAAUUUCACAAGAAACCAGCAGGACCCAAGCACAGCACAUCAGUACUUUCUCAGCUCAGCCCUGAAGCUCAGCCCAGGAAGCAAACAUGUUCAUGUAGGCAUCAGCAAUAGAGAAGAGGAAACAUACACUUAAAUCCAAACAGGCUCUGCUUGAAGAAAACACUGGUUUUCAAUGCAGCUAUGAAUUAAGAAAAUACAAAAGAAAUUUGAAUGCUGUUUCAGAAGAGAAAGCCUGGGAAAAAGAAAUAGUGAGGAAGAGCAGAAGAGCCACCAUAGCUACAACAUUUCAUUUGGAGGUGCCUGAGGUCAUCUCUAUGUUCUUGCUGAGAAUCACCAGCUGGUAAGAAGCAGCCAGCAAAUUCAGCAUGACAGAAGCAUACACAGAAACCACAGCUGAAUACGCUUACGAUGAACAUGCUUUCUCCUGCAACAAAACCGACAUCCAAGAGUUUGGAAAAAUAUUCCUGCCGAUAUUUUACAUUGUGGUGUUUGCUCUUGGCCUCACAGGGAAUCUAUUGGUGGUUUUUGCCAUUGUGAAAGGCAAUAAAAAAAGCAUCACUGACAUCUAUCUCCUGAACUUGGCUGUCUCUGAUCUUCUCUUUGUGAUCUCCCUCCCAUUCUGGGCGUCCAACACAGUCCGUGGAUGGACCCUGGGGACUAUUGCAUGUACAGCUAUUUCCUCACUGUAUUACAUUGGUUUCUUUGGGGGCAUGUUCUUUGUCACUGUGAUCAGCAUUGACAGGUACUUGGCCAUUGUCCGGGCGACUUACUCUCUGAAAUCCAGGACAGUAAGACACGGCUUUCUUGUAACCUGUGGAGUGUGGGCAAUAGCGGUUUUGGUGUCAGUGCCGCAUUUUGUGUUCUCCCAGCUCGUAGAAAGUGACUGCAUUGCUGUCUUCCCAGAGAAGCUGGAGAACAUCUGGCCAGUGUUCUGCAAUAUGGAGCUGAACACCAUUGGCUUUUUCAUCCCAGUCUGUAUAAUAUUCUAUUGCUACUGUGGGAUCAUCAAAACCCUCUUGUCCUGCAAAAAUCAGAAAAAAGCACGAGCCAUAAAACUGAUCUUGGUUGUGGUGCUGGUGUUUUUUCUGUUUUGGUCCCCCUACAAUGUACUGAUUUUCCUAGAUACUUUAAGUCACUAUGAGUUAUUCACAAAUUGCAACCAAAUUAAGUCAUUGGACUAUGCAAUGCACCUGACUGAAACCAUUGCAUUCAGUCACUGUUGCCUCAAUCCUCUUAUCUAUGCCUUUGCUGGGGAAAAAUUCAGGAAAUACCUUUAUCAUGUCUGCUUGAAGUACUGUCCAUUCCUGUGUUUCUGUGGGCCCUGCAAUCGCUACCAGGUCCCUCAUUCAGUUAGUUAUGCAGAAAGUGUGGUGAACAGCAACAUAACCCUGAACACCAGCGACCAGGAUGGCUCUGUCUUCGUCUAAAAGGGUCUGGGAAAGAGAAAUGUAUCCAUAUGUGUCUCCUGUAGGGAUAGCAACCACUGAGGGUUUGCAUUUACCUGCAUGAAGAGCCUUAAUGACUGCACAGAAUUACUGUCAUGCCUCUGAUUAAGCAUUUUUUAAAAACAAAAGCAGUACAAUAUGGCAGUGUUGGACAUGGAAUGGAAUCAAGAGCAAGGAAGAGGGAAAGUAGAAACAAAAGGAGUGCUCUGUACCUUGAAAAGGAGGUGGAGAAGAAUUUACGGGUAAGGAACCUUUUGAACAGUUCCAUCACUGGAACUUGGGCAUGUGUCAGGGUAUGUGCAUGUGAUACUGAUGUACAUAGACCUAAACUCAUUUUUAAGGGAAGAGAAAUCUCUUUAAUGAAUGGUGAGUGACUUUUAGGAGAGGAGAAUAUUUUUGAUAAUAUAGGGGUGUAUUUUUCAUGCUAUAUAUCCAUAAGGAAGUGAUUUUGUGAUUAUUGAUUGCAACAAAUGUUUUAACUGUGUUUUCGUAAUAAAAUGCCACUGUUUAAAAAGAAAA